CCAUGGGGACGGCGUAAUCACCGCCAUCUUGUUUGUGGAUAAUGGCUGGACAUACUUCGAGGCUACGAUAUGCGUGAAAUUCUACAGUAACAGUACUUCGAAAACAUUAAAAUGGCAACUCAAACACAAACACUGCGUGGGAAAUCUAAUGCUAAUCCAUCCAGGACCCACGAUUACCUGUAUGAUAGCCACUAUGUGCUGGCUAGUGAGAGAGAUCAUGCCAGGGCAUUUAAAGCCCACACAAGCACAGACAGGGUUAAACGUGUGCCCAACUACAAGACGAUGUUCAGCGAGCUCCGUCAUCACCCAAGGUUUGGAAUGCGCCUGGAUGUGACUGACCCUGUGCCCAAGUUUAUCUCCCGACAGUGGCGUGGCUACGCAGACCAGCAGCGAGAAGCUCUCAUCAGAUACACAACGUUCAACUAUGACCCAUCUGUGCAAGUUUCUUCAAAGCAUUUUGCCAAUGCUGAAGUUGCUGGCAGAAACAGAUACAAAUUCUUCAAGAGACCGAUCAUCCCAUUUCUGCAGCAAGUUCCUCCUGAAGUCCUGCUAGCCACAUCAAGACAAGAUCCCCUGGCUGGUCCUGACCAGGCCCAGAUGGAGCGACCUCCGACACCUCUGGUGAAAACCGUGGAGACACAGACCGAUUAUCGUGACUCUGAGGCUCAGACUGACCCCUACACCCCUGAAUAUGUGGUGAGGCCUGGGGAGGCGCCUGAACUGCUGACCCUGGCUACAUUGUCGUAUGGUCGAGGUCUCCCAGCUGGGCUUGCUGAGGUUGAGAUGAUAGAACGAGCACGAGCUAAGCGGGCAUGGGAGGCAACUCUGCCGCCCUUGAGUGACACAUCACAGCUAGAAAAGAGACGUCGCAUGAUGGAUGAGAUGGAGACGAAGGAAUGGGCACUGAGAGAACAGGAGAUUGAAAAACUGCAGGAGGCGAGGCUGGAGGUGCUGAAGAAGCUGCUGAAACACAGGGAGGAGAACCAUCAGGAGCUCAACGUUAAGAGACUCGAUAAACUCUGGUCCAAGAAACAGAGAGAGAAAGAACACCGUGUAAGGAAAAUCAGGAAUGAGCACAUCAAAAUGAUCAGGAAGCUCACUGGUAAACGUGAGCAUGUUGAGGGGAAACUUCAGCGCCGCGACGUCAUUCAAGACUACUCCGAAUUUGCGUCUCAGAGUUAUGCACCCAAGACGCGGGUUGGUAUCUUCAUUGACCGUGGCUCGGAACAGUUUGUUGUGAAGAGCAGGCAUCUCACCACAUACCAAGGGUUGUUGGAGUUGGAGGCGUCCCUGCCUGACUUUGUGAUGCAGCCCAGGGUGAAGGCCCCCAAACCCAAGACAGUCACCAAGGCCGGUUUCAUCAAGCGCAAGUACCGCCAACAGAGGGAGCUGAUGGAGAUGCAUGAGUCCAUCAAGGAGGCCAAGACCCGAGGGGAGGAGAUGGCCAAACCCCUGCGAUUCCUCCAGAAGAUUGAGAAGCCAGUACCUCGCCCACCUACACCCUCUGUGGAGGUGCCAUCACAGGUGGAUGAGGAGAGGGAGCUGGCCACCAUCUUCCUCCAGCAGGUGAUCCGAGGCCGAGCUAUCCAGAACAUGAUGUUCGAGGGCAAGGAGAAGAGGAUGGAGCUGAUCCACGAGCUGCGGUCCACACAUGCACUGCAGGACGCGGAACAGGUCGUCAAGAAACAGGAGAUGCAGGCCACCAUUGCUCUGCAGCGACAGAGGAGGCUUCAUGAGCACAAGGAAUCUCUGGUGGAUGAGGCACUCAGCCAGGUGGAGGGCUCCAGUCUGGGGGAUAUGUUUGACUUCCUCAGCAAGGAGCUGACACGCCUGCAGGAGGAGAGGCGGAUCCAUGCCUUCUCCAUGCUGGCCGAGAGACAGCGGCGCAUCCGGGAGGCGGAGGAGAGUGGGAGGAGACAGGUUGAGGAGAGGAGGAGACGAGAAGAAGAUGAGAUCUUUAAACAGACGGUGAAAGUGCAUCAAAACUCUGUGGACACCUUCCUGGAGGACAUCAUCCUCGGCUCCAUCGACAACACCGCCGACCAACAGGCCCGGCAGGAGAUCCAGGAGAUGGCCGUCACCAUCAACGACGUGGCAUAUGAAAUUGAGGAUAAACGUUCACAGCUGGAUUCGGAGGAGAUUGUGGCUGACUUGGUACACUGUUUCCUCCUUCCAGAGGUGCAGAAGACAACCGUCAGAGAAAAAGUGAGGAGACAACAGAGGAAGUAUUUGCUGGCUGCCCACAAAGAAAUCCACAAGGAAGGAGAGGAGAUCAUUGACAUGAAUGCCAAGGCUGUUCCUUCCUCCGCCCCACGACUCUUGACCGCCGGGCAGGAGGAGGAGUUGAUUGAAGCCCUGUGA